GCCAUUUCGAUUUGCAGUUGCCUUUCUCAGGGGAGUCCAAAGCACACACGUUUCUUCCAGCCAGGUUACAUCCAUUAUCCAGAUUGCUGCAGGAUUGAUCAUCAGUACGAAGAUAAUACAAGAGGCACACAGUGCAAAAAACAACUUUUCUGGAGAGUCCUACUUCCCAUGACUGUCUGACCUACUGAUGGUUAUGUCCUCAGCAUUGUAGGCCAGGGGAGGGUGUACAAAGCGUCUUUUCAAGAUCUUCUGGAAAGGAAUGGUUCCCCUCCUUCUGGAGGCAGCGUUCCAGUUGCAUCACGGCGCUCCUUGCCAGCUCGCUCAGGAGACCCUGGACCCUUUGCGCAGCCAUAUUUGCUUCCGGAUCUACUCAUGCCUUGUGUAUGUGGAAUCCAAGUUGUUCUAAAAGUAAGCCCUUCACAUUGUCUCAGGCUAAUCCACACCAAUCUCUGGAAAGCUGCCCUACUAAGACUGCCAGUCAGCAUAGGGGCUGCUGCUAUGUCUGCCUCCUGAGAUGCCACGCCGCCGGGCAAAAUGGAAGCCGCCAAUGCCAAGUCCUUCUUCUGGGAGGCCUUCCCCCCAAUGCCAACCUGUCGGGUCUACUGCAGCCCAACCUACCAGGAUGGACACCUGUUUGUGGCAGGUGGCUGCAGCCAGCAGGGCCAGCCCUUGGACACGGUGGAAAUGUUGGAUAUUGUAUCCCACAAGUGGACAGCGUUGCCUUCUAUGCCCACCGCAAGGGCAGGGGCUGCGGCAGUGAUGCUGGGCAAGGAGGUGCUGGUGAUUGGAGGGGUGGACUCCAUCCAGAGACCCCUGGCAUCUGUGGAGGCCUACCACAUGGAUGAAGGCAAGUGGGAAACCAAAGCGGACUUGGCCCAGCCAUCCAUGGGAGUCUCAGCUGUUGAGAAAGAUGGAACCGUGUAUGCUUUGGGUGGGAUGGGUGCAGACACUUCUCCCCAAGCUCUGGUGCGGAUGUAUGAGCCGUCCAAGGACCAUUGGCAGCCUCUCCCAUCUAUGCCUACACCUUGCUAUGGAGCCUCCACUUUCUUGCAUGGGAACAGGAUUUUCGUAAUGGGAGGGCGGCAAGGCAAGUUGCCCGUGACAGCCUUCGAAGCCUUUGACCUGGAAAUGAGGAGCUGGACACGCUACCCCAGCGUGCCCAGCCGGCGUGCCUUUGCCAGCUGUGCCAUGGUGGAUGGCUGCUUCUUUAGCCUCGGAGGAAUCCAGCAGCCAGGCCCCCACAACUUCUAUUCCCGACCCCACUUUGUCAACACAGUGGAGAUGUUUGACUUGGAAGAGGGGUCCUGGAGUCGGCUGAACCGCACCAUCCGCAUGAGGGACAAGAGGGCUGACUUUGUAGCUGGUCACCUGGGUGGACGUGUGGUGGCAGCAGGUGGCCUUGGGAACCAAUCCUGUCCUCUGGUAUCUGUGGAAGGCUUUAACUUGGCAAGGAAAAAAUGGGAGCCCUUGCCCUCUAUGCCCACAGGACGCUGUUCCUGCUCGAGUUUGGAGACUCCUAACUUCCUUUUUGUGAUUGGAGGGGUGGCCCAGGGCCCCAGCAGUGCUGUCGAAGCCCUGAGCAUCCAACAAGGGGUCUGAACAAUGCUUCCUGAUGGACCGAUAUCUGCCGACACCACCCAAGAAGACUGAAGUGCCUGAUGAUCGCAGGACGGAUGUGGAAGUCAGGGGGACAACACAUGCUUUGUUGCCAAUGUAGCAAUCUGCGGAAGUGACUUCUCCUCUGGCUGUUCUCCAAGGAACUCAUUUAAACAUUGGAAAGCAUAGAGUAAUCAAGACUGGUCCUAUGUAUUUGCUCAUCCCCUGCCAUAAGCAGGGUGAGAGUCAAGCAUACGAGUGCUCUCUCUGCCUAUUGGAAUAAAAGAAUGGGUGUAAGGGAGCUGGCUUUCUUGUUGGCAGAGGCCGUAGCAGAAGGCCUUGCUGCACAGCCAUGGUUUCUUCACUGCAUGCAACCUUCUGGCUCCAAACUGACAUGGUGAGAGGCUGGGCUGGACCAGGCUGGGCUCACUAAUAACGUGAUGGCUUCCCCUAAACCAAAACUCUCAAUUCAGCUUCCUUUCCUUUUGUUAUCACUGUUGAAUUUUAGAUUGUAAACUCUUCAGAGCACAGCCCUUUUGUCAACGUUUAUUUUCCUUGCUUGUGCUACUCUGUAAGCUGCCCGUGUCAGCUGAUGGUGCUGUGUUAAUGACGACUCAGAAGGAUGGCUCCGCUGCAAAGCUGCCAGGAAGCAAUUGGGUUACAGUAUGGCAAGCAUGAGUUAAGUUCAAGAGCUGAAUUCAUGGUUUAAGCAACCACGCAGCCCAGGACAUAAUUCUGACCCCAUUCUUGCCAUGCUUGAUCAGCAGUAGAAGUUGGAAAAGUUCAGUUUUUGGAUUACAGCUCCCACUGAGCAGCACAUGGCUGGGGAAUUCUGAGUCAUGGUCCAAAAAUUGUCUUUUCCCAUUUCUGACCCUCAGUUACAAAGGGCAAAGCAAGGUUUCCUCAGCAGGCUCUGAGGAAAAGUGAAGGAAGGUGGUUUCCUAGCAGAGCAGGUACUGCUUUCAGCUGUCCUCGCUAUCCUUGUGCUAAUGUCUCUUCUGCUGUAUGGCUGAGUUGACGCUAGGAAGGCUGGGUGUAGCUGUGACGCCCUGUGGUGUGCUCCAAACCCAGUCCCCUGUCUCAUGUAGCACAUAAGGUGCCCUUUAGCUCAGUGCCUAGGAGGUGAUGUAGCACCUCAUGCCAAUAAAAACCAGUGGGAUUUUC